AUGUUAAAUAAAAUCAAAAUUGAUUCAGAAUCCCGCUUAAGUGAAGAAUAGAAAAUUAAAGAUCGUAGAAGGAAUGUAAUUAUACUUAUUCAACGUUAUCUUGUGAACUGUGGCUAUAUUGAAUCAGCAACAAAAUUAGGAUCAGAAUCAAAUUUAACAUUGAAUCAAUAUGAUGCAGCAGAUAAUAUGGAUUUAUAUAUGAUACUAUGUGAAUUUGAAUAGUUUUAUGAAAUGAAAUUUAUGAAGCCUCCAAAAUUAGUAAAGAAGGUUGAUGGUUAAGGCACUCCUGGAUUACCUCGAAUUCCAAGUUCAGGAAAAAGUAGUAGUAGUAAUAGUAGUAAUACCAAUAAUUAAAAUACUGCAAGUUCAAAUAAAAAAAGUACAUAAUAAUCAAAAGAGAAGGAUAACAAUAAUAAAGAUGCAAAAAAUGAACCUGAUUCACUUGAAAUAUAAGGAACAGGAGUUUAAUAGAAAUAAUAAAAUAAUGAUGAUGGAAAUCAUAAAGAUUGGUUUGAUCCAAGAGUUUUAAAAGGAUUACCUGAUUAUUCUGAUGUUCCUGAAUUUUAAUAACUAGCAGCUUAUUUAUAGAGGGAUAUUUGUUCUGAAAAUCCAAAUGUGAAGUUUUCUGAUAUAGCAGGUUUAGAUUAAGCUAAGAGAUUAUUAAAAGAGGCUGUUUUAGUGCCUUUAAAAUAUCCACAUUUUUUUUAAGGGAUUUUAGAACCAUGGAAAGGUGUUUUAUUAUUUGGGCCACCAGGAACUGGUAAGACAAUGUUAGCUAAGGCUGUAGCUACAGAAUGUAGAACAACAUUUUUUAAUGUUUAAGCUUCAUCAGUUGUUUCUAAAUGGAGAGGAGAAAGUGAAAAGUUGAUUCGUGUUCUUUUUGAUUUAGCAAGACAUUAUGAACCAAGUACAAUAUUUAUAGAUGAAAUGGAUUCAAUUAUGGGUUAAAGAGGAUCAGCUGGUAAUGAACAUGAAGGAGGAAGAAGAAUGAAAACUGAAUUACUUAUAUAAUUAGAUGGUUUAUUAAAAUCAAGAAAAAGAGUCUUUUUAUUAGCUGCAUCAAAUUUACCAUGGGAUUUAGAUAUUGCUAUGUUAAGACGUCUAGAAAAAAGAGUAUUUUUAUUAAUAUUUUAGAUUUAUAUUCCUUUGCCUGAUUAAGAAUCAAGAGAAUCAAUGAUUCGUAGAUAUAUUCCAUAAGAAAUGAGUGAAAAUCUAAAUUAUCCUUAGCUUGCAGAAGUUCUUAAAAAUUAUAGUGGAAGUGAUAUUAAAUUAGUUUGUAAAGAAGCAGCUAUGAAACCACUCAGAAGACUCCUUAGUUAAAUUGAAGAUAUAUAAGUUGAUGUUAGAACAACAGCUAAACAAAAAAAAUAAUAAAAUAUGACAUCAUAUGAUGAUGUAAGACCAGGACCAGUAACUGAAACAGAUUUCACAGAAGCAAUGAAUUAAGUUAAACCAUCACCAAGUGUAUUUGAGAAUUAAUAUCUAAAAUGGGAGAAGGAAAGUGGAUCAUGUUGA